AUGAAAUCGGCGUCAUCUCGACCUUCCAGCAUGUGCAUGACGCCUCGUCAAGAUCCUUUGACGUUUGAAGUUCUACCGCAAGAAGGACUGAAGAAUGAAAAUGUGGAGUUUAUUUUAGGAAUGCCACUUAAUCAGGUACUAACUCUAAUUCAACACAAUGCAAGGAUUUUAACGAAUAUCGAGCUGAUGUAUUCCCGAAAGGAUCCCCUUGGUCGAGAUAUUUGUGUGUACCUAAGUAACGAUGGGAUACGCCUAAUAUUUCAUCCUGUCACUCAGCUUCUUCGGCUUAUCGAAGUCGACAAUCUAUCUCAAAUCGUACUCAAGUAUAAAGAGAAGAUCUUUUCCGAACCUGGUGCUGAAGUUAGUAUGGAUAAAGUUGACGAAUUCUUCGGCUCUACACACCCAGGAGCUUACGAUGACAAACAAAAAAUUUGCGUAAAGAGUUGGCGUGGACUUUCAUUCUGUUUUCCAACUGCAGAGAGCGCCAAUGUUGAAGUUACUCCUGGAUUUGGCCCAUUACGAUCGUUGAAGUUCGAUAGUGCGACUCAACCGCGAUUAACAAAGAUGUCAAUCUUCAAAGGGACGGCGGUUGGAAAGAAUGAGGAAGUUACUAUGCCGUUGGCUGCCUACUGCGGCCAGAAUCGUACGCUUAUGGUGUCAUGCGCAAGAAAAAAUGGGAAGAUCACAGGUGUAGACGUUCUAUUUCAGACACAAAAUGGAAACGCUGCCUCUCGCAUCAGUGGCGAACUUGAAUUGGUGGAGGUUUCAAGGACCAUAUCAUUUGGAGAUACAGUCGCUAAGGUGUUGUCAGCUCUCGGCGCUCCGUCCAAGGUGUUCUAUAAAUCCGAGGACAAGAUGUCCAUUCAUCGUGGAGGGUGCAAGGAAACGCUCAGUCCACAACCCCACUUCUUCUUCAAUUACUUCUCGAUGGGUCUGGAUGUUCUGUUUGACUUCGUUACCAAACGGGUCAUCAAAAUCGUAUUGCACACAAAUAUGCCAGGACACUAUGACUUUACAAUCUAUGCAAGAUGUGAAUUUCGUGUAACUUUUGACGGUAGCGAGCCGACAGUAAUCACCACUUCAUCAAAGUUCAAUGACAUCUGUGGUGUCUUCUCCGAUGCUAGCGGUGAAUACGAAGAACCGCAGCCGGUAGUCGUAUCACGCAAUACACAAGAAGACCGUAACCCGUUCGGAUCGACGUUCUGCUACGGUACUGAUCAAAUAGUCGUCGAGAUAAUGGAUAAUGGACAUAUUGCCGCAGUAACACUGUACGAAUGA